CAGGCGGCUGUUUUUGGAGCCAGUGCUGUCACCUUGACGAGGAGGGAUAGCUUGGAUCACUUGGAUCCAGGCUGGGGAGAGGAAGAUGGUUACUACAGGAAAAACGAUGGUGUCUAUUGCCAGAAGUGCCCUGCAGGCACCUACAUUGCAGAGGAGUGCAAGGAGCAGAACAGCUCUGGCAGGUGUGAGCCCUGCAGAGACGGGGAAUACAUGGAAUAUCCCAACGCCUUGCGCUGGUGCCAGGACUGCUCGGAGUGCAGGGAAGAUCAGGAGAAGCAGAGUCCCUGCCAGCGCGUCAGGAACACGCUGUGCGUCUGCAAGAGCGGCACCUUCUGCCCCCCGGACCACCCCUGCGAGAUGUGCCAGAAGUGCCGGCCCAGGUGUCCCGAGGGUCAGGUGGAGCUGAGGCACUGCACCCCUGACAGUGACCUCCUGUGUGGUCCUGACACGGCCACCUGGCCCUACGCCGCCAAGGCGAUCGGCAUCAGCAUCGUGAUUGCUCUGAUAGCAGCUUGCAUCCUGGCGGUGAUCUGCAAACACCGCUGCAGCUCCCCAGGGGAUGGGAGACCCCGGAGCAGGACUCCCUGUGAAAUAGUGAGCUCCAUGUUUGGGAAGCUGCUGUUGUGCAAGACGGUGACCGUGAGGUCAGAGGACAACUCGCCUGCAGGGCGGCCGCAGCCUUACGUGCCAGGAGUGAGGGAGAUGCUGCCGAAUGAGAAUGAGACACCCCUGAUCCAUCUGGUUCCAGCACCAGGGCAGGAAGCCAGUGAAGCGCUGCGGAAAACCUUCUACACCUUUGCUGAGAAGAUCCCCAUGGGUGAGUGGAUGAAAUUCGGCCACAGGCUGAACAUGGGGGACAAUGACAUCAACAUGGCCAAGUCCUACGACGGCUUCUACGGCAUGCUGUGCAAGUGGCUGAACAGGGAGGGCUCCAGGGCCUCUGUCAACGUGCUGCUGGACACCCUGGUCCACCUCGACCUCCGUGGGGUGGCAGAGGACAUCUCCCUCAAGCUGGUCAAGGAUGGACAUUUCCAGCACGAAACGAGCUGAAGGGGUCAGGGCACGCACGCUGCAACUCCCUCCGUCGAGCUACAGCUGUGGAAUACCUCAGCAAGUGUUGAAAUAUUUAAAUUUUUAGCUGUAUGUAGCGCUCCUGUGGCUGCUCUCCUUUGGAAGCCAUCGUGAGCUCAGCUGAGCCAGGAGGGGCUGAUCCUCGUGGGAAGUGUGAGCCUCAGGGAGCUUCGAUGUUGGUGCUUCCUCGUGGAAUCCGAGCUGGUUUAUUGAUUUCACUGGGUCGACACCAAGAUUUUCAAACGAUUUCAAUCUGCUUCCUGGAUCACCUCAUUUGGAAGCACUGGUACUACCCAGACUUCUUUGGGAUCAGUGCAGAGAAGGGCUUUUGGCAUCCCUGUGCUUCUGGACGGGAUCAUCCUUGAUUCUCAAAGGAUUCCUGGCAUCAUGAAAUGGCUUCUGCUUUUAGACCAUCUCUAAGUAAGCUUCAUUCUCCAUGCUUGGUGGCUCUGCGUGCUCAGCUGGGGUCUAGGGGGUACUUUUUGUGUACUGAAUUUUCGUUUUGUUUUAAAUGGUUCUGCUUGUUCUUAGGAGGCAAUUUAAAACUUGACUUGGAGGGGAGAGGAGGAAUGAUUGACUUGCACUGGAACACUGGGAUUGCCUGGGGAAGGGGGGGUCACCCAGCCCAGCCCCCUGCCAGCACCAGGGACACCUUCCACUCCACCAGGUUGCUCCAAACCCCAUCCAGCCUGACCUUGAAUGUUUGCCAGGAUGAGGCAGCUUAUCUGGGCAGCCUUUCUGCCAGUGUUUACCGACCCUCAAUGUGAAAUAUUUAUUCCUGUUAGCUAAUCUAAUGUCAUCUGCAUUCGGUUUAAAACCAUUCCCGUGUCCUGGCACUCCAGGCCCUUUUUCAGAGUUCCUCUCCACCUCUCCUGGAGCCCCUUUAGGUACUGGAAGGGGCUUGGAGGUGUCCCAGAGCCUUCUGUUCUCCAGGCUGGACAAUCUCAGCUCUCCCAGCCUGGCUCCAGAGGGGUUCCAGCCCUCAGAGCAGCCCCGUGGCCUCCUCUGGAUUUCCUCAAACACCUCCAACAUCCUUGUGGAGGCCCCAGAGCUGCGGAGAAGGGAAGAAUCCCCUCGUGGGCCCAGGUCAGCCCCGUGGCCGUGGGGUGGCCCUGCUGUCCCUGUGUGCCCCAGCGUGGAGGGGUGAAUGCACUAAGUGUGAGCGUGACCGUGGUACCCCCUGCCCGUCCCAGCCCGUGGGCAGCUCCCCAAACGCUGCACCUCACCCUGUCCCUCGCUAGGGACAACCCAGCUGCAAAAACAGCUGGGAAAACUACUGGAUUACUUGAGUUACCCCCCCAGUCCAUCCCCAGUGGGCUGGGAGGGUGCUCAGCAUCCUUCCUGCUGCUCUCCUUCUCCCCCACCCUCCAACACUGCGUCCACAAGCAGAAAUUUUUUUACUUAAUUUAUUUAGCAAUUGUAAAUACGACAUACGUUAAGUUAAAAGCUAUAUAAAAAUAGUUAUAUUCUUAUGCAUGGUUCUGUGUUUUUUACAGAGCUCUGGCCCAGCCAGUUUGCUGUUUUCCAGUUUUUUACAUAUCUCUGUUUAUGAAGGGUUAA